UGACGCAAGCGUCCACCAAACAUCCCAUCCAACAUGGCUGCCUCCAUAGCACGGUCAUGCUGCAGAGUAAAAUCACAUUUCAUCCUCAGAAAAACGUCGUAUUGUAAAUCAUUCUUCCACUCAUCCGCAUCCAAAUCCACCAGCCUUCUCUCCUCCCUCCAUAACCGGGGUCUCCUGAAGGACUCUUUCCCGGAGACCGCGGCUCAAGCCGAAAUCCCGGAUCUCCUGCGCUCCGGUCCGCAGGCGAUCUACUGCGGCUUUGACCCGACCGCUGACAGCCUUCACGCUGGAAACCUGCUUGCCAUCAUCGGCUUGCUGCACUUCCGAUCCGCUGGACAUCACAUCAUCGCGCUGCUCGGCGGAGCCACGGCGCAGAUCGGCGACCCGAGCGGGAGGCAGACCGAGAGAGAGCGACUGUCCCCCGCCGCGGUGCAGCAGAACGCACGCGGGAUUCUGGAGAGUCUCCACCGGAUCUUCACUCACCACGAGCUGUACUUCUGCCCGGAUUCCAGCAGGCUCGGCCGGCUCACGGUGCUCAACAACCGCAGCUGGUAUAAAGACUAUGACCUGCUGGAGUUUUUCUCGGAGGUGGGCAGGAGUUUUCGUAUGGGCACGAUGCUCAGCAGACACAGCGUCCAGGCCCGGCUGAAGAGCGCGGAGGGCAUGAGCUUCACUGAGUUCUCCUAUCAGCUCUUCCAGGCGUUCGACUUCUACCAGCUCCAUCAGCUGCACGGAUGCAGGAUUCAGCUAGGAGGAACAGACCAGCUGGGGAACAUCAUGAGCGGACACGAGUUCAUACACAGAAAGACUGGAGAGGAGGUUUACGGCCUCACGGUUCCUCUCGUCACCACCUCUAUGGGUGAUAAACUAGGAAAGACGGCAGGCAACGCCGUCUGGCUGAACAGAGAUAAAACAUCACCCUUUGAGUUCUACCAGUACUUCCUCCGUCUGCCUGAUAACAGCGUGGAGCGGUACCUGAAGCUCUUCACCUUCCUCUCUCUGUCUGAGGUGGAGAAGCUGAUGGAGCAGCAGAGGAAAGAUCCGGGAAAGAGGAUCGCACACAAACGCCUGGCUGCGGAAGUCACCAAACUGGUCCAUGGCAAAGACGGCCUAGAAAGCGCUAAAAGGUGCACGACAGCUCUGUAUCACAGCAGUAUUGAGGCUCUGGAGCAGAUGAGUGACACUGAACUGCAGGAGAUUUUCCGAGAGGCUUCGUUCCAUGAGUUUUUCCUUGAACCGGGAACAACGGUUCUGGACGCCUGCAGACGAGCACGAGCCAUUCCUGACGGACCCCGCGGCUAUCAGAUGAUCAAAGACGGCGGUGUCUGGAUAAACCAUCAGAGGGCAGAAAACCCAGAGCAAGUGCUUAUUGUUGGUCAACAAAUCCUCUCAAACGGGCUCAGCCUGAUCCGCGUCGGCAAGAGAAACUUCUACAUCCUCAAGUGGCUCAGUUUAUGAUUUAACAACAUCUGCACACAGAACAACACCCUCUCGAUUCAUCAAGUCAUUAAAGUGAGGAGAAAAGUGUCCAGCAGAGGUCAGUGUUGGUCAGUUUCAGCUCGUCACAAGCUGCAGAAACGAGAUGUCGAGCUCAAUUGUGCUCUUGAGAAACCAACAUACAUGUGUGUGGAAGAUUUCAAAGACGUGAGAACAGACUCAGCCUGUUUUAUGUGCACAAAUUACACGUUUUGAUGUGUGGACGCGAUUGUUUAAUUGCACUGGAAAACUGUUCGGUUCUGUUCAGCUCUUUAAUUAAAGCGUGUUAUGUAAAA